GAAAUGCAAAAUCGAAGACGUUACUCCAGAAAUCACGUCGAGGCCCGUAGAGUCGCUGUAAUCAGCUGUGCAUCGUAUCUUCCUCUGAGAAACUAGCAAUGAACAAAAAAAAUAGAUGAUUAAACGAUGGAGGGAAUGCUUUAUAAGUGGACUAAUUAUAUAAGCGGUUGGCAACCACGUUGGUUUGUGCUUGAUGGAGGAACUUUGUCUUACUAUGACUCUCAAGAAGAUGCAUGGAAAGGGUGCAAAGGCAGCCUUAAAAUUUCAGUUUGUGAAAUUCAAGUUCAUUCCUCUGACUCAACACGAGUUGAUUUGAACAUUCCUGGAGAACAGUACUUUUACCUCAAAGCCAUUAAUGCAGCAGAGAGGCAGAAAUGGCUUGUGGCACUGGGAACGGCGAAGGCUUGCCUUACAGAUAACAGAACAAAGAGAGAAAAAGAGCUUCAGGAGAAUACAGAGGCCCUGAAAACAAAAAUGUCAGAACUCAGAUUGUACUGUGACCUUCUCCUUCAACAAGUAAACAAGAUCAAGGAGAAUGAUGAGCAAGGACACACAGCAGAGACAGGGAUAGACACUGGAACCAUGGUGAAAUCUACAUGCACCACAUUCCUGAAGACUCUAGAGGAAUGCAUGCACAUAGCAAAUCGUACUUUCGGGGCAGAUAUAGUGACACCACCAGGCUCUCCCCCUGUAGCAGCUGUCAAGCCUCAGAAGGUCAACUCUCGCAGUCAGAACAUGAGUGAAAAAUGGAGCGACUUGCCUGAAGCUUCACAGGAGAAAGUAUCUCAGGAGAACCAGAGCUUGGAUUCAGAGACAGUAGGACUGGAUGUACAGGAUUCACAAGAACAUCAUCCUUUCUUUGCAGUCAGUAGCAACAGAUCAGACCUCAAGAAUCAAGUUGAUCCGAGGCAGGAUAUGUCCCAUGAUACAUCUGAGACUGAGCACGACGACCAGUCAUCAGUGGAGGAGGUCCAGAAGACUGCUUAUGAACAAAACAAGACAAAAGAAAAGCAGAGGCACAAAGUGGACCAAAGACCAGAGCAAGACAACAAGAACCAGUCUCAGCAACACCAGACAGCUUUUUUACAUCCAGAUGAGGGUCAACAUGAGGACGAAAUGUUCAGAGAUUCUGCAGAGCUAGAAGACACAGAGCAGGUGGAGACAUUCUUCAGCACAGUGAGUCACAGAUUUAGUGAUAUAAGACUGGACGACGACAAUGGUAUCCCUACACAAGAUUUUUUGGACUCAUGCUAUGCAAUAGUGCCUGUAUUAGACAAGCUGGGGUCAACAGUGUUCGCACCAGUUAAAAUGGAUUUUGUUGGAAAUAUAAAGAAAAUACACCAGAAGCUGAUGUCGGACCCUGACAGAUUCCCAACGCUACAGUCCAUUGUGAUGCACGAAGUGGAGACCAACGUGGCACAGGUGCGGAACUCAGCCACCGAGGCUCUGCUGUGGCUCCGACGAGGUCUAAAGUUCCUCAUGGAGUUUCUGUCAGAAAUCAACGCAGGGGAACAAGACAUCCAUGGAGCCCUCAACAAUGCUUAUGGAAAGACCCUUCGUCAGUACCACGGAUGGGUGGUGCGAGGUGUAUUUGCUUUGGCCUUGAGAGCUGCUCCAACGUAUCAAAGUUUCACCGCUGCCUUAGUAUCCAAAGAGGGUGAUGAGCUGAAGAGUGGCUUCAGCAGCAGCAUGCACAGGGAUCUCAGCAGGUAUCUGCCCGCCAUGCAAAAGCAGCUGACCAUUCUGGAUGCCCUGUAUGAGGAAUACGACCUGGAGUCUGAUGAAGUUGUCUGAAACUUCAGCAAAGGGAUGAUCUCAUCAAAGAGCAGCACAGAACCUGAGGGGGGGCGUCUGAAUAAGCGGCUGGCUGCUUGUAGAAAGGUAACACAAGCACAUUGUGUACAAACCGGUGUGGCCACAUCAGCCGUGAGGUUUUUGCAGCACUUCUUUAAACAGAACGAGCUGUAAAGUUCAAAGACGUUUAGGGUUUAGAUGUUUUAGGAGCACACAGUUGGGCAAAGUAUCUGCGUGUAUCGGAGAGUGCAGGAAUGCCGCUAUGCAUCAACAAUUUGUUCUUGCCACACAUUCUGUCACUAUGGCUUUUUAUGUACUCAGGUGCUUUAAAGCUACACUGUGUAGGAGUGUUAGUAGAAUUGGACUAUAGCAUUCAUAACCAUCUGUUUGUAAUACAUGGGAGCGGGCCCCCUGCUGGAGGCUGCCAUGUUGCACCGCACAGUAAGCCAUAUUUUGUUAAAUAUUUGUAAUAAAAUGCGCAGAAAUGACAAACAUGAUCGAGUCUGAAGCGGCUAGCAGCCACUCCUAACAGCCUUUGUUAGCAAUGCUUGGCUGGAACACACUAGCUGUCGCUCAAAGAGACCACGCGCCCAAUGAGUCAUAAAUUUAUGGCUUAAAAUAUCUUAAACUAAUGAGUUAUAUUUAAAGAAAUUCCACCCCUGUACAGUUGUCAUUUUGUUAUCCAAAUUGUAAACAUGUUUAUUUCUGCUAUAAAGUUGGGGAUUUCAAGAUGGGGGUCUGCGGGGCAUGGCCCUUUUGUAGCUAGCCUCAAAUAGCCAUUUAAGGAAAUCCGAGAUUUUGUCGCUUCAUUUAACAAGACCGGAUGUUGGGGUUUGGCCACUCCGCUAUGUUGAUGUAGUACCUAAAAGGGAGAUACUUAACUUUGCCUUUUGCAUUUCGCAUUGUGGUCAGAUGACUGAAGAGUAAAGCGGAGGAAUCAGUAGUUGCUCCCCUAUGUACUGUCUGCUGGUUGCUUGUGCUGACUAACAAGUUUAAGAGCCUCAUUUUUGGGAAAUAGAGGAUCAUACAUAUUGCUUAGCACAAGAGAAGAGGAGGGAGCAUGAAUCCCUGUCACCAAAGAAGCAAAAACACAAAGGGAAACUACAGUGACUGGUAACGGCGUAAUGCACCUCACCACCAGAUGACACUAAAUCCUCCACACUGCAGCUUUAAAGUCCACAACCACAGGGCUUUGCUAUUUUCACCAGAUCAUUUGGACUGAUGAGAAAGCAAAGAAAUUUAUUCAACAUUGUUUAUUCAGAUUUUUUUUUUUCUUGGAUUGAUGAAACAGGGUGAUUACACUGGUCAACCAAAAAAAAAAAAAAAAUCUUGCAUAGACUUUGAGAACUGAUUUACGCUAAUUUUGGAUGCUGAACCCGAAUCUGAGUUCAGAUUUCCUCCAUCACAUCAUGUUUUUUUUUUGCAGCCUGCAUGUUCCGCAUUGAUGAAUUACGUAAAACCUAGUUAGUAAAACAUAGUUUUUAAACAAGGUACUCAAAAUGUGAACAAGAGCCGUAAUAUACUUUAUGGUGCUGAAGAGGUGUGUGAGACUGCAGCUUUUGCUUCAGUGCUUGAUGCAAGAAAUAUGUUUUCAUAUCUCAAUAAUGUGAUGUGAUUGACAAAAACUAACACCAGAUUUGGAUUCAGCGCCACCAAAUUUACCAAAAUCCCUUGAAGAACUCCAUGCAAGAAAAAUCAUGUUGACCAGUGUAAUCGAUGUACUUCAGUAAGUUACAGAACUGCACCACCAGCUAACUUUAAAUGUACCUAUGGGGAAAAAAACUUGCACUGUUUUAGAAUUCAUGAUCAAUACUUAAUGUUAUUUCUCACUUUGGAAUUUGAAUCAAAAUGUAAUAUUUAUUAUUCUGUUUUACAUUGCGAGUUUUUGCUCUGGAGACUUUCCGUGGGACCAAAAAGGAACAGCCAUGAACGUGGCUUUAGUUUCCCCUGCCAGCCACAAUACUGAAAACUAAACUACUGGAUCCAACAUGAAGAUUCUGACGAGCAGCAGAAUAUUUAUGUGGACAUCCUCUGCACAAACCUAUGCAUUGUUUGCAUUUCCAUAUUUAUUAAAGACUUAAGUUAUAAAUGUCAUGUUGAAGUGGAUGAAAUUAUAUCAAGGCUGUGAUAAAAAAAAAAAGAAAACAACAAAUGUGGCUAGCCACAGGACAUGUUUAGUGAUUGCAUGAUUUUUUUUUUUCUCUCUCUCUCAUAUAUAAUGCAGGUGCCAACAAUAGAAAAUGGGCCAUAAACUGUAUUACUAAUCCCAAAAUUAUUGAUUAAAGUUAUAAUGCAUUGCUCCUUAUUCAUAACUGUAUGUGAAAAUAAUGCACUGUAAGUGUAACUGCAUUCUGGAUUUUAUAGUUUUCCACUGUACUUGCUUAUGAUGUCAGUUCACCAAGUGGAAUUUAGAAUUUUUGGCUAUAGAGUUACUGAGCCAUUCAAACACCUCAAGAACAUCCUCAUUGGGCUUUUUUGUGUGUCUAUACAACAAAACACCACAUAGUAUUUUGAUAGUAGUCUGGAGUUGUAGUGAAUAAGUGCAAAUUUAUUUGAAGUUGAGACUGUAUAAUAGACUGAUUUCCAGUUGUCUGUUCUUUUAAGUGCUAAUUCUUAAAACAUGCUUUUGUAUCUUACUCGUACUGAAACUAGGUUUUCCUCUUAAUGUGUAUAAACUGUAUUUUAGAUAAUAAAUACUCUAAAUUGUGCUUGUGUAUGAUAAA